AUGGAGCCGACGCAACCGCCGACGGAGCCGGGUGUUCACUCUGGCGAGGACUUCGUUCACAUCGAAGACCCCAGGCCUACCGGCGACAUGUCGUUGAGCGACAGCAUAGUGAAUGUGGAGAAGGAUGAAUUGCUCGACGAGGCGGCGGAGGAAGAAUUUAGAGACUCCGAUUCCGUAGUUAGCGGCGGCGAUGCAGCAGCUGCAGAUGGAAUCGGCGGUGGAGCGGCGGAUUAUGCCGAGUGUUCAUCGGAGACGGCGAAAGUGGAGCUGCCGGAGGAAUUUGCGAAGAGCGUUGUGAUUCUGACGUGCGAGUCCACAGCGAUUGGCGGAUCCUGCGAUGUGUAUUUGAUCGGGACUGCUCAUGUAUCAAAGGAAUCCUGUCGAGAAGUUGAAGCAAUAGUCAGCAUCUUGAAACCAGAGGUUGUCUUCGUGGAGCUGUGUUCAAGCCGAUUGUCUGUUCUCAAACCUCAGAGUUUGAAGAUCCCAACCAUGUCGGACAUGAUAGAAAGUUGGAAGCAGAAACAGAACACAUUCGGAAUACUUUACGGAUGGUUUCUUGCAAAGAUCGCCAGUCAGCUUGAGGUCUUUCCUGGUGCCGAGUUUCGUGUGGCAUACGAAGAAGCCCUUAAAUAUGGCGGCAAGGUGAUACUUGGUGAUCGUCCUGUUCAGAUCACAUUAAAAAGAACAUGGGCCAAGAUGCCUCUAUGGCACAAGGUAAAGUUUCUAUACUCGUUCCUGUUUCAAGCUGUCUUCCUGCCGAGCCCUGAAGAACUCAACAGAAUGCUGAAAGAAAUGGACAAUUUGGAUAUGGUGACAUUGGUAAUUCAAGAAAUGAGCAAGGAGUUUCCAACUCUAAUGGAUACACUAGUGCGUGAGCGAGACCAGUACAUGGCAUCCUCUUUGCUGAGAGUUGCAAGUGAGCACAGUUCGGUUGUGGCGGUUAUCGGGAGAGGGCAUAUCGAUGGGAUCAAAAAGAAUUGGAAGCAACCUAUAACGAUGAAAGAUCUAAUGGAGAUACCGACGGAUGAGUCAGUAUUUACAGUGAAGAGGAUAAUAUCAUCAGUGGCGAUUGCAGUGGCUGGGACAGCUAUAGUUUCGGGCAUACUUCUUGCAAGAAGAAGGUGA